AAAAUAGUUAGACGUAAAAAUCGUAAAGUAAAAAUGUUACAAGAAGAAACUUUGUUUGACAUGGCCUACAAAGGUAAAUUCACUGCUGUGAAAAAUCUGCUGGAUCAAGAUGACAAGCUAAAAACUAAAACUGACAGUAGUGAACGAAUGUUGAUUCAUUGGGCUGCACUUGGAGGCCACAAUGACCUAGUGAAGCAUUUGUUAUCCAUCGGCUCACCGGUUGAUCCUCAGGACGAUUAUGCUGCAAGUAAAAAUUGGCAAAGUAUUUGCAUAAAGCUUGUUGAAAAUUCAGCUGAUAUAAAUAUCGCUGACAAACGCGGUGCUACUCCUCUUCAUCGAGCUGCUUCCAAAGGAAAUGUUGAAGUUUUGAAAUUUUUAUUGGCUCAGGAAGGCCUUAAUAUUGAUGCACAGGACAUUUAUGGUAACACUGCACUGCAUUUAGCUUGUGAAGAAGAUCGUCAACAGGAAGCUAAACUUCUGGUGGCUCAUGGUGCGAGCUUGGAAGUAGAAAAUAAGGAACGUAAAACUCCAUUACAACUUGCUAGUGGUUCGCUAGCUCGACAGUUGACUAAAUCAAAUGAAUCUGCUUCAUAA